AUGGCUACCGGACGCACUUUUUGGGACGAGUGCACUAACUUGUUAGACGAUGCGGCUGUGGGACAUUUUGUAGUAACGACUGGAGCACAUGGUGUGGUUGUUACCUCAACACAAGGAGUGGUUGUUGGAUCAACGCAUGGAGUGGUUGUUGGAUCAACGCAUGGUGUGGUUGUUACCUCAACACAUGGAGUGGUUGUUGGAUCAACACAUGGAGUGGUUGUUGGAUCAACACAUGGUGUGGUUGUUACCUCAACACAUGGUGUGGUUGUUACCUCAACGCAUGGUGUGGUUGUUACCUCAACACAUGGUGUGGUUGUUACCUCAACGCAUGGUGUGGUUGUUUUCGUAGUGACUUCGGGAGCACAGGUGGUUGUUGCCUUGGUGGUUACGGUUUUCGUUGUGACUUCGGGGGCACAAGAGGUUGUUGUUACUUCAGGAGCGCAGGAGGUGGUUGUUGUUGCCUUGGUGGUAACGGUUUUCGUUGUGACUUCGGGAGCACAGGUGGUUGUUGCCUUGGUGGUCACGGUUUUGGUUGUGACUUCGGGGGCACAAGAGGUUGUUGUUACUUCAGGAGCGCAGGAGGUGGUUGUUGUUGCCUUGGUGGUAACGGUUUUCGUUGUGACUUCGGGGGCACAAGAGGUUGUUGUUACUUCAGGAGCGCAGGAGGUGGUUGUUGCCUUGGUGGUUACGGUUUUGGUUGUGACUUCGGGAGCACAGGUGGUUGUUGCCUUGGUGGUUACGGUUUUCGUUGUGACUUCAGGGGCACAAGAGGUUGUUGUUACUUCAGGAGCGCAGGAGGUGGUUGUAGUUGCCUUGGUGGUAACGGUUUUGGUUGUGACUUCAGGAGCACAGGUGGUUGUUGCCUUGGUGGUUACGGUUUUGGUUGUGACUUCGGGAGCACAGGUGGUUGUUGCCUUGGUGGUUACGGUUUUGGUUGUGACUUCGGGAGCACAGGUGGUUGUUGCCUUGGUGGUUACGGUUUUGGUUGUGACUUCGGGAGCACAGGUGGUUGUUGCCUUGGUGGUUACGGUUUUGGUUGUGACUUCGGGAGCACAGGUGGUUGUUGCCUUGGUGGUUACGGUUUUCGUUGUGACUUCGGGAGCACAGGUGGUUGUUGCCUUGGUGGUCACGGUUUUCGUUGUGACCUCGGGAGCACAAGAGGUUGUUGUUACUUCAGGAGCGCAAGAGGUUGUUGUUACUUCAGGAGCGCAGGAGGUGGUUUUCGUUGUGACUUCAGGAGCGCAAGAGGUUGUUGUUACUUCAGGAGCGCAGGAGGUGGUUUUCGUUGUGACUUCAGGAGCGCAAGAGGUUGUUGUUACUUCGGAAGCGCAAGAGGUUGUUGUUACUUCGGGAGCACACGGAGUGGUUGUUGCUUCGGGAGCGCAAGGAGUAGUUGUUACUUCGGGAGCGCAAGAAGUUGUUGUUACUUCGGGAGCGCAAGCAGUUGUUGUUACUUCGGAUGCACAAGUGGUGGUCACUGUUUCAGCGCAAGGUUCAGCAGCAGUGUUGCUACCAAUGACGGCGAACGGCGCGACUGUUUGCUUAACUUCAACGCAGCCAGUGUUGUAGUUGACACAUUCCUUGAUCUUGGCAUCGAAGAAGUACGAACAGACAGUCUCGAGAGCGAGACCACUUUGGCACUCGUAAUACUUG